UUUGGGUCCCUAUUUUGAAUGCCCUCCCCAGAUCCAGCGGCUCCCUAUCCCCUCUCUCUCUCUCUCCCGUCCGCACGCGCCGCCCCGCCGGCGGCCUCGCGGCCUCCCUCCUCCGCACGCGCCCCCGCACCAGCACCAGCACCGUCGCCACGGCCGGCCCUCCUCCACCGCACCAGCACCUUGAACAAGUGGAUCGAGGAGCGGAACGCCGGCCGGGAGCACCUCGAGUUAAACUUCCGUUGGACGCGCCGCAGCCUCGCUGUCGUCGGCUUCUUCGGCCUCGCCGUCCCCAUCCUUGUCUACAAGGGCAUCGUCCGCGAAUUCGAAUACCCAAGUGCCAUCGUAGGUUCAGGAGGAGGAUGUAUGGGAGGCAUGCAUCGCAGCUGCUGAAGGAGAUCGACUCCUCUGAGGCUGGCCAGCUUGCGCCAUUCAACGUAAUUCCUGCUUCUCUGUACUCACCUGCAGCUACUAGUUUGGAAUCAGAGUGAUUACUGCUUUUAUCUCGUUUGUGUCUGUGGGAGGCUGCAAUUCUGUAUGAUCUAGUGUGUUCUGUGUUUGAUGGGUUAAUUUGCGUGUGGAAAACCUUUUGUAUCCUCAGUCGAAAGUAUUGCUUUGGUAGCACCUUAAAAUCCAUGAAUUGUCAGAUCAAAUAUUGUUGGUUUUGCUGACAGAUGUGCCUGCAAAGUUAUAUAAUUUUUUUGAGCUACUGAGCCAGUGUCUUUUAGACUCCUCUCCCUUCUAAACAUGUUAGUUAAUAUGUGUUAUCCAAAUUGGAAGAAACUCGUAUUGGACCUGGACACCUGGUUUAAUUCUCCAUCAAGUUAGACACUCUGAUUUAGCAACAUGACAGUUAAACGAAAGAAUGAACAACAUGGUUGUUCAGCUCAGCACAAUGAUUUAGCACAACCUGUUCUUAGCAGGCUGGCUGCACAGAUAAUUACAAAAUUUCUGCACUAAAUGUAUAUGUACAGCCAUGUGAAAAAUGAUAGCCAUCAGUAACCCAUCAAAGGAUUCACCUGAAGAUGUUGAAACUCGAGCAUCCAUCACACUCAGCUUUUCAAUCUCAGCGACGUUGGCAAGGGGAGCAUUCUGUAUGAAGAAUUAUCUAUCAGUUUUGGAACUUGAAUAGUUAGGCAAAUUCAGAGCACAUCUCAAAAUUAAAGUUCUCAAUCGACAUAUUGGGGAAACAACCAUAUUGUCAAAAUUAUCUAUUUGUUUGUAAAAAUAUUUUAUUAGUGUAUUAAUUUCAGAAAUUUACAUAUAACAAUAGUAAGUAAUAUUGUCAGAACUAUUUCAACUACUAUAGAUCCAUGCAACAUAACUCAAACAGUAAAAUACUAGCUCUUUCACAAAAUACUCUAGUGGCAUGGCAUAUACUGUAGUCAGCAACCAAAUCAAUUAACCAAAGAAAAAAUGCUAUUAAAAAGGGUCAGGACAAGCAUCAUCUUUGUUCCCGGUACUACUCUUGUAUACAAUCAGAAAAAUCACUGCUACUCAAAAUAGUACAUAGACAUAUUUGUCUCCUACCCAUUGUUGACAAAUAGCAUAUAGCCCCUUCAAAAACGAUAAGAACGCAGUGCUGCUCUCCCAACACCAUCAAUCUUGCAACACCAUUUAAACAGACAAGUGUCUCUAAAAUUGAUGCACUAUAUGAUUCUUCAAUAUGGUGAAAACUUGAGAUAUUUGCCCUCACAUGGAUCACAGCAACAGAGGGUCGUCAUGGGGUAAAUGGGUAUGUACCUGUCCAAUGGCGAGAGGCACAGUGGGGAAAAGAACGAUGAGCUUGGUGUCGAGGAAGAUUGUCUGCAGGUUUUGGAGAACAGGGCAAUCCUUUUGUCUGAAGAUCGAUCCUGCCAAUGCCCACGGAAAUCCCUCGCGCCGCGGUUGCAGGAGAGGAGCGCCGGCUGCGGCCGCGGGGGCAGGAGAGGAACGCACGCCGCGACCGUGGGGCUGGCAGCGGAGAGGAGCGCCGGCCGCAGGGUGCCGCCGACCGAGAACAAGCACAGCAUGCAAAUGGAAAAAAUAGAGGCCCAAUUUACAUGCUGGGCUGGAGUUGCUCUAAAAGAAUUUGUUACGAGAGUCAUGACGGGCCAGAUGGGCCAAAGAGGAUUCAUCACAGAACAUAAAAGCUACUGGUACACAAAACUAGGAUUCCAGCAAAAGCAUAGGCUCAUCUGUCAGCUUGAGCUCCGAUGUUCAACGAGCUCUAAAGUGCGUGUACUGUAUGAUAUAUAAACUAGUGGCAGGUGUGCGCCUCCGCGCACGUGUGCGGUUGCUAUCUGAUAUUUUGUUGGGCUUUGUAUUUGUUGGACUUUGUUUACUUCUAAUUUUUUUUUAUAAAAUAGAAAUAGUUACAA